AUGCGACAGUCGUCCGGAAAAGUUAAGACUGGCCAACUUUGGUCCAAGAACAAGGCCGACCUUGCUAAGCAACUUGGAGAGUUGAAGACAGAGUUGGGUCAAUUGAGAACACAGAAGAUUGCUGGAGGAUCAGCGUCGAAGCUCACAAAGAUUCACGAUAUCCGAAAAUCGAUCGCGAAGGUUCUCACAGUCAUCAACGCAAACCAGCGCGCUCAGCUCCGUCUCUUCUACAAGGGAAAGAAGUACACACCACUCGACCUCCGACCAAAGCAGACACGUGCCAUUCGAAGACGCCUAACCAAGAACGAGAGCGGAAAGACAUUGGAGAAGACAAAGAAGCGAUCGGUACACUUCCCACAACGGAAAUACGCUAUCAAGGCUGAGGCUUAG